CUCUAAAGGUCACUUUUGGUCUAACUAGUGCAUGAUUAACAGGUCGAGGCCACUGUACACGGAAGCAACUAAAUCCAUGAGGAUUCGAACGAUUGGUGCACUAGUCUGCGAUGCAGCAGGUAUAUAAAGACUUGAUGGUGAAUUAGGCCACGACGGUGUUUCUCGAACCGUAUCGCACAACCCUGCUCACUGUUCUGGACCUGACUAUUUCAUUUAUAUACUCAAUCAUCAUGGUCGUACUAAAGACCCAGUCCGAAGUUGGACACGCUCCUCCUCCUCAAGCUCCCUACAGUGUUAUCACUAAUCUUCCGGGAUGGGAUGUGGCGAGGGCCAUUCGAGAAGGCGAUCCUGCUCCUAUGAAGAAGCUGGUUCACAUAUAUCCUCGCUUCAUGCCCACGCACUAUUCUGCUCAAGUAAGUCCAUAUAUAUGUGAGAAUAACGUACUGACGACGCUGGCUUUAGCUUGGACAUGAGAUUGCAAAACGUCUUGGCCAUACCGACAAGGCUGCGUUGGUUUAUCUUAACCCUGCGGUAUGGCCAUAUACUCUUCAUCAUGUCACCCACGAGAACCGUGGAGACAAACGCUUGACAGUCCAGGAUGCCACUCUCAAAUGCGUCGAUAUAGCAGGCCAUAGAGUAUAUCUUAUCCUCGUUAGUCCAACGGCGAUGCCUGCUGUCGUGCUCACUUGGCAGAAUCCAGGACUCGGAAUCUCUAUUCGUGGAGCUGAGGAUCUUCUCAAAAGCAUAGACACUAUCAAGGAAGUUCCCUUUGAAGCCGAAAAAGGCCCUAUCCCAUCUCCGACUUGGACUCCCGAGAGCGAAGCCCAUGGUGAUCUCCGGACGAGGAUCGUCGAGCUUCUCCAUCGUGCACCGGUUGAUGCAGACAAGGUGAAGUGUACACCAAGCGAUGUGUUUCUAUACCCGACGGGCAUGGCUGCUAUCUUCCACUCCAGCGUUCUGUUGACAAAGCACCGACCUGGCACUAUUGUCGUCCUGGGUAUCAUCUUCCACAACACAUACCACCAUCUUAUAGAAGAAUGCCCGCAAGGAAUGAAACAUUUUGGAAAGGUUGAUAAAGAAGGUCUUUCGGUCUUUGAAGACUGGCUAAAGCAUGAGAAAGAAGAGGGAAGACCUGUUAGCCAUGCAUUUGUGGAGGUUCCUGGAAAUCCAACCUUGGAAACUGUCGAUACGAAACGUUUGAAGGAACUAUCUGAAGAGUAUGGAUUCUUUCUCAUCAUCGACGACACAAUCAGUGGUUUCGCCAAUGUAGACGUCCUAUCCAACUCAGACGUCCUCCUUUCAUCUCUCACCAAGUCCUUCAGUGGCUAUGCCAAUGUCAUGGGCGGUUCCAUCGUCCUAAAUCCCACUUCUCCCCAUUAUCAUAAUCUUCGGUCUCAUUUCAAAGAGUCUCAUCAUAAUGAGCUCUUUGCUUCCGAUGCGAAAGUCUUACUCUCCAAUUCAAAGGACUUCCUUGAGCGUACCAAGAUUCUUAACCGGAACGCUCUCGCCAUGGCGAACUUUCUCCACAAAGCCAUCUCAAUCCCAGACUCUCCUGUGGUCAAUGUGCAAUAUCCCAGUCAACUUGGCAGCAAGUCAAACUACGAUGCAAUUCUAAGGCGAGCAACACCAGAACUGCCAGAGCCUGGAUACGGCUGCCUCCUGACAGUUGAAUUCUCAACUGUUGAAGCUGCGAUUGCGUUCUACGACAGGGCAGGCUUCUAUCCGAGCCCUCACCUUGGCGGACAUGUCACAAUCAUGUUUGCGUACAACAUGGUCGUCUUUGGUAAGAAACCCGACGAGAAGGCGUAUAUGCAUGAACUGGGAGUCAGGGAAGCAAGUGUGCGAAUCUCGGCUGGUCUAGAAAACGAAGAAGACUUGAUCGACACUCUUAGAGAUGCUCUGGAAGUUGCUACUAAAGUCAAGAAAGGGCUCGAAACCGGACAUUAGUCCCCCGGUACAGGUUUCAAGGCUGGUAGAAUGAUCAUAGCAUUAAUCAAAUUAAACAUGUCCACGUCUAUCUAUCCCCCACAAAUAUGCCCAACGCCUGACCCAGCCAGGAGGUUCAUCAUCGUACAACCUUUGAUCUAGUAAACCUCAUCAACUCAUCUACAUGGUAUAUCAUUCAACGUCGAGUGAGCUCCGUACUUAUCAUUUCUAUGCAACAGAGGUCACUCUGCGGAUGGUCCUUCUUGCUCCUUCGCCUGUGAUCAUGAUGGCGCUCUCCGCCUCAAGAGCCCUCAUCACGUCGUUGAAUUCGGACUGUUCGACAGGAAUGCUGGCGCCCUCACUCAGUCGGCGAGCAACAUCAGUCCAACGCACGGUGUUGCCACCAGCUGUCAUGUCAUCCAAGAGGCGUAGGAGAGCGGUACGUAGCUCAUCGCGACGCUUGCGAUCAGCAGCACUUGUUCCCUCAGUGAGGAGACUCAUGUCGAUACGUCCCUGAGCAUCUGUGGCGGCGGUCUUGAGGGCGCUCUGAAUGAGACGAUUGGCCUCGCGAACAUCGUCACGUGUGACAAUCUCAGAAAGGCGCAUCUUGGCGUGAGCUUCGGAGAGACGAAUCAUACUCUCAAGCUGACGGGUGGUGGCAGUGAUACGCUUAUCAGCGGCGCGGACAUCUUGUCCAAGGGAGCGCAUGGCAACAUAGCAGUCGACCAGCUCCUGAGCCGCUUCUUGUGAGAUAGUAGGUUGAAUCUUGGAUCUCGCAUAGGAAAUAUAGAGAGUGAGGAACUCGACUGGCAGAAUAUCAUUCUUGUUGGGAGCGGAUUGGGGCUUGUCCUCAAGGUAAAGCGAUAAAAGAUGCUUGGCCAAGCGUCGAUCGUUCUUCUCAUCGGCAUUGUCCAGGAUGAGGUACACGAGAUCAAAUCGCGAGAGGAGGGUAGGAGGGAGGUCAAUAUUUUGAGGAACAGGAAGAUCGGGGUUGUACCGACUGCCGAUAGGGUUUGCCGAGGCGAGGAUACUAGUUCGCGCAUUGAGAGUGGUGAUAAUACCGGCUUUGGCGACUGAGACGGUCUGCUGCUCCAUCACUUCGUGGAGUACGGAGCGCGUAGCAUCAGACAUCUUAUCAAACUCAUCGAUACAGCAGACACCACCGUCUGAUAAGACCAGGGCUCCAGAUUCGAGGACAAGCUGUCUUGUUUCUGGGUCGCGAGUAACGUACGCAGUUAAACCGACAGCUGAGGAUCCCUUGCCACUCGUGUAAACGCCGCGGGGGGCAAUCUUGUGAACGUACGAAAGCAUCUGCGAUUUGGCUGUCGACGGGUCACCACAGAGGAGGACAUUAAUGUCACCUCGAUAUUUGGGACUACCACCCUUUUGGAAAGUCUUGUUGGUGCCCCCAAAGAGUUGCAGCAGGAUGCCCUUCUUGACGUCGUCCAUUUCGUAGAUAGAGGGAGCUAGGGAACGAGCAAGAAGCUCGUAGAUAUCAUCACGGGCGGCUGUCUCCCGGAUCUUCUCUUCGUCCUCAAUCGUGAUCUUUCGUGUCUCUUCGAUGCCGUUCUCUCCGGCUUCAGCUUCCUCCUCACCAGUGACACCGAGCGUAGAAGGGUCAGCGCCCAUGCGCUUCUUAUCGACCUUUUGAAUGUGAAGAACAUCAACAUAUGUCUUGUGCACGCUCUUGAGGGCACGCUGGCGGGGGUUGACACGAACAGGGCUGACGCGGAAGAUACCUGUCAACUCAACACGGUCACCAGCCUUGCAAAAGUCGACCAGCUCGUUGUAAACGCA